AAAUCCAUUUUGAAACCAUAUCAAUGACAUCAUCUAUCAACUAGCCAAGUGGACCUGAAUCCAUGCGUAAAACUAAAACUUGCACAUAAGCAAUCUAAACUUGGGCAACAACCUUCAUGCUGCAGGGGCAGGAAUACUAGUAGAUGCUUCUUCUGAUGUUGUCGAGUACCUGGAGAUCACUGCCAUUCAUAAGUCAGGCAAAGUACGUAAAGAAAACACAGUGGUCUCAAACAAAAGAGCUUACAGAAUGUCCCAUUCCGCUGAGCAAUUACCUCUGAGAAUAAGAGAAGUUCCACCAAAGUAUUCCUGGGUAGUUGGUGGUUCUAAGAAAUGAACGAAAUGGGGCGACUGAAGUGGAGACAGAGUAACCUCUUCUGGCUUCUCCGCUCUGCCCUAAGUAUAUUCCUAGCAACAAAAGUUACGUAAUUGAAGUUCAUAAAUUUGACCAGUAGGGAUAGCUAUCGAAACAACAAAGGAAUUCCACCAAGGAAAAAUGGGCUAACCAGAAGAAAUGCGCCGGGAAAACCUUAAAAGUUGUCUCAAGCUUCUACAUAUCUGCAUCAUUUCGCCUUCUUUUGGUUUCGUUCCGCUCGUGUUCUUCCCGCGUCAGCCAGAUAGUUACUUAGUAGAGAGCUUGAGAUGGAGUUAGGAUGCGAAACUGAAAGGCGACAAGGGUUUGACGAAGAAGAAGCAUUGGCGGGGAUGGAAGGGCGAGUUCUUAGAGAGUCGCGGCGGCGUGCGAUGGCGGCCGGAAAACGUGUUUAGUUAUUUCCUACUGUUUUCUGGUAAUUGAUUAUCACAAUUUUUUCAUUGAGUAUCAUACAAUUCUAAUCAUAAUUAUAAUUUUUAAUAUGAAUGAAAUUGUUUUCAAAGUACUAAUAAACACAAUACAAGUAUAACAUCAUAUGUCGAAUAAGUUCCUUUAUUGCCCUCAUUGCACUUCAUUGACAUUCUCUUUCAUGCAAUAAUCUUGAUACUCUUCAAAUAAAGUAUCGUAAUUGAAGUAUUGUUUUCCACCUCAUUACCAUCCAUUGCUUAUCAAACUACAAUUCAAACAACAAAGGCAUCUACAUAUCCCAACCAAACCGUUUUCCACCUCAUUACCAUCCAUUGCUUAUCAAACUACAAUUCAAACAACAAAGGCAUCUACAUAUCCCAACCAAACCCACCGCCCAAAAAAGGACUCCAGAUACACCAAUCACCCAGGCUGAUCUAAACCCACCCUUCCCAUUAGUCACAGAAACUGCUCUAAGUGCCAAAAUCACCACUUACUUUCAGUUGCUCAUCAGUAGUCGGAUCUUAGUCCUCAAAUCGACAGUUAUUGCUCUAAGUGGAUUUGUAACAACUCAACUAAUUAACAAGAAACAACCUCAGAUCACACAGUUCAUCAAUUUCCAAACAGAUUACAAACAAACAAAAGGGCAUACAAUUCACAAAAGGGCAAACAAAUUGCCAGUUCUAACACGUCUUUCACACACUUCACCGCUAGCUAAUUAAACCACCACAAUCAGCAAAUUUGACGAACGCAUGAGGAGAUAAUUGACAUCCGAGUUAGCUAAUUAAACCACCAAAAACUUCAACGAUGGCCCAAAGCUUGGUGGAUGACAUCAGAAUCAGUUAUCAUAUCAUAGACACAUGAAUCAAACAUGGAAAUGGGUAGACUUUCAAGAGAACCAAACAAGAGACCUAGUGGCUGGCCAUUGCAAGGUUAGUCCAUUCGUUGCUAUCUUCACUAUUGAACGCUUUGACUUCAUUUCUUUCAUUCUUUUAAUUAAAUUUCUGCUUCUGACUAUAGUUUGCUAGUUAUCAGUGUUCUGUUACCUUCGAAUCUUUUUUUUCUUAAUGAAUUACUGCUAAGUUUUAUUCAUCGAAAGGGAGUUCAUCCAUAAGUAAUGGACUUGCUCCAAUGAUAAAGUACAAUAAAGGUGGCUGAAGGUACAUAUGCAAACACUAGAAACAAGUUGUUAUGGUGGCUCAAAUGGGUUUUGGCUUGUGCCAUACAACAUCAAAUGUAGGGAUUGAAGUUCUUGUUGAAAUAGUUUGUUGCUACUAUCCAACCAUGAGCAAAUGAUGUAGUUGAUUAUGUUGGAUAGAGUGGCGCUGCUUGUGUAGUGAUCACGACUCACGAGAAAGUCUAGCAUUCCACUCAGUCCAUAAUAACCAAAACACUGCACGUGGAAGUGGCCAGAAAGCAUUUGACAAUCUGCAACCUUUAGUGACGUUUGACCAUUGAACUAGUAGCUCGCUGCAACUACGAGGUAGAGGGCCAGCAAGAUUGAGUCGAAAGAGAGAGAAGUUCCGUACCCUGGAAGAGUAGCUGCAGGGGAGAAGUAAGUGGUCUGCUGUCUCUUCUGAAGCAAAUCAAAGACAACAAUGAUUGAGGAGAAUCCACCCUCGUAAUCGAAAUUGAACGGUUGUCAGGAUUUUUCUCCGAAAACCAACCAACUGAAAAUUGUGACUUUGGUGGGUACCAUCGGCUGCCAAUGGAUUUUGCUGGGAAUGACGAUCCAAGGCCAGGAAAGAGAUCUCGAGUCAAUUCCUUAUAGCAGAGGCUGAGAAGGCAUCCUCCUACAAAGUGGAUUACCUUCGAAUCGUAUUUGCCUUUGUAAUAUUGGCUUCUAACUGAAUGUUCCUUUUUUUUCCAUUGAAAGUGAUUUCAGAGAGGGAAUUAUAUUUUCCAUUUUGAUUAUCUUUCCUGUGAAAUUGAACUAUGGAGGCGUUAAGCUGUUGAGAUUAAUUAGGUUUCUCGGGAGCUCCAUGUUUAGUUUUUUUUUUGUGGAUAUACUUGUGAUUUAUUAGGGUUGGCAGUGUUAUAAUUGUGCUUAAUGAUGUUUUGCAGAGGACAGGCUUCGGUGAAGCUGUGAUCUUUUGCCCAUUAAUCCGGCAAUGGCAGAUUCAGGAGAAUCUCAACAGCCUGAACAAGUAUGCAGCUUUUUCAGAAAGCCAACUAAGGGGAAGAACAUCAGGAAGAGAGCAGUAGAAGACGAUGAUGCCGAGGAUCCAAAAACCGACAGCUCUUUCUUAAACAAUCAGAAGAAGGUGCCAAAGUCUGAUAACAAGCUAUACUUCUCGAGAGGACCUUCCAAGAGCUCAAAGCCAUCUGAUUCCAACUCGGACAACAAUGAGAAAUCCAUCUUUCAGUUUCAGUCUUCAAAGGAAAUUCAGGUACAAAAUGACAGUAGGGCAACAGCAACUCUGGAAACCGAGACAGACUUUGGAAGAGAUGCAAGGGCAAUACGUGAAAGAGCUCUUAAGAAAGCAGAGGAGGAUCCGAAGGGUAACAAACAGAUUUCUUCAGGCGGCAAUGAGAAGCUGUACAAAGGAAUUCAUGGGUAUAUAGAUCACAAAGCUGGAUUUAGAAGAGAGCUAACAAUAGCAAGUGAGAAAGCUGGUGGAUCACAUGGGCCACUUAGGGCAUCUGCACACAUCAGGGUCUCAGCAAGGUUUGAUUAUCAGCCGGAUAUAUGUAAAGAUUACAAAGAGACCGGUUACCGUGGUUAUGGAGAUUCUUGCAAGUUUAUGCAUGAUCGAGGGGAUUACAAGUCUGGAUGGCAAAUGGAGAAGUGGGAUGAGGCAGAGAAGGCAAGGAAGAGGAAAUUAGCUAUGGGUGCGUUGGCCAAGGAGGAAGGUGAAUUUGAUGAAGCCAAUGAUGAUGACGACGAUGAUGACGAGGAUGCGCUGCCAUUUGCAUGUUUCAUUUGUAGGGAGCCUUUUGAAGAUCCUGUUGUGACCAAGUGCAAGCAUUAAUUCUGUGAACAUUGUGCUCUAAAGGUACCUACCUACUCAUCUCUUAGAAAUUUAGAAUCAUGAUCAUCAAUUCUUUUGCCAAGUUCUAUGUUUAGCUUGCAAUUCUGUAACGUGAGUAACAUUCACUUAUUGUGUUUUCUUCUGUCUUUUUCUUGCAGCAUCAUUCCAAGAACAAGAAAUGCUUCGUCUGCAACAAGCCGACGCUGGGUAUUUUCAACACUGCUCAUGAAAUACGCAAGAGGAUGGCAGAGGUGAACAAAUGAUCAUGCUGGCUUGCUGCAGAUGCUGUAUCGGCUGAUCACUUUUUGAGUCCCUGACACGGGCUGUUGCAUCUUCCCGGCUCAUGACACUUCGAGCAUUUUCAUUUUAAGAGAGUUAUUAGUGAUCUAGUAUGACACCAUCGCAUUGCGAGUAUACCAUGUAAUCAAAAAGUUGAUCUGCA